CUCAUAAUUCAGCCACCAGUUGCAAUCCUUGCAUCCGCGGGAGUGGUUGCUCCUACGAUUUGAGUGCGCGUCGCAAUCGCACGUAAUCUGUGUUCAAUUAAAUAUUCUAUUACAACGAAGCGCUUUAAGAAGUGAAUUCUUAACUACUGUUAUAAAUAUAAAGAAACAUGUGACUGAUAAAAACGGUGCUUAUAUCGAUCCAAUAGACCUGGAUUUGUCUUUCACCCCCGCCAUCCGCGCCUUGACACAGUAAAGGAUUUGACAAGGUAAAAUCCUGGUAAAACAACAAACGCGUUAUUAGUGAACAAGUCUUCCCUCUCUAAUUGAUUCGUAUUAAAAAAAUUUAUAAGUCAGGAAAAAAUUAAAAGAGAAUACCGUGACUGAUUAAUUAAAAGUGAAAAGAAAUCGAAGGCAUUUUUAAUAAUUAAUGACAGAGAAACUGGAGCAAUCGGGACAGUCAAAAUUGGAAACGGAGACGGAGUAUUUCACCGGUGUUAUGACAGAAGAAGAAGAACAUGUUGCGAAGGAAGUUGACGUCAAAGAAUUGGAACAACUUCGAAGCAAAUAUGAGGGGAAAUUGACAGCAUCCCUUUAUGCUGGUACUCUAUUCAUCGCUGUCGUUGCGUUGAUUUUCGCUCUAGGAGUUCUCUAUAUUAACAAUUAUCAGGAUUUACAGAGAGUGAUAGUGCCUAUAUCAGUUUUGACAACUUUGUUACCGUUGUCGUUGAGUUUACUACUUGUUACGCAGCUACCAUCGACUUUAACAUCCGCCAGGACAAGGCUUAUCAUAGGCUUCAUUGCUUCCGGUAUAUUAGGGGUCGGAAUUUUGAUUAUUCAUGCCUCGAUACCCCUGUUUGUCACGGUGUUAGCAAUGAUCGCCGUUUUACCGCGGGACACUCGACAGAAGCCGACGAUUCUUGCUAUCGUAUUGAUUACCGUUCACUUAAGCGGACGAUUCUUCCUCCUCGAUCACUCGAGCUAUUAUCAGAUAGUAGAGACAUGCAGUGAGGUAGUCUUUCUAUUCGUCGCGGUUUUAUCGGGCUCGUAUUACAGCGUUUUAACUGCGAGAGCGCAUAACAGAACGUUUUCUAGAACGAAAACUGUGAUUGAGUCCAGAAUAAAAUUAGAAUGCGAAAGAGAACAGCAGGAACAAUUAUUGCUGAGCGUUAUACCAGCUUAUAUAGCCGCCGAGGUGAAGAGAAGUAUCAUGUUGAAGAUGGCAGACGCAUGCCAGGAAGCUAGCAUGCACAAGCAAACCAGAUUCCAUGAAAUGUACGUGCAACGACAUAACAACGUUAGUAUUCUAUACGCGGACAUUGUAAAUUUUACACCAUUAUCGGAACAAUUGUCAGCUUCGGACUUGGUGAAAACGUUAAACGAAUUAUUCGGAAGAUUCGACCAAAUUGCUCAGGAUAAUCAAUGCAUGAGAAUCAAGAUCCUGGGUGAUUGUUACUACUGCGUUUCAGGAUUGCCGAUAUCUCGCCCGAAUCACGCGUACAACUGCGUAAACAUGGGAUUGCAAAUGAUAGAUGCGAUCAGAUUCGUUCGCGAGGCGACAGGCUUCAACGUGGACAUGCGAAUAGGGAUACAUACUGGGAAUGUUCUAUGCGGUGUUCUCGGUCUACGAAAGUGGCAAUUCGACGUAUGGAGCGACGAUGUGACGCUGGCAAAUCACAUGGAAAGCGGUGGUCUACCGGGGAGAGUGCAUAUAACUAAAGCUACCCUACUACAACUUGGUGACAAUUUCGAAGUCGAACCUGGCGACGGAGGCUCGCGAGAAAGUUAUCUCGCUAAACAUAACAUUGAAACAUUUUUAAUAGUACCAAGAGAGAAAUCCAGACGAGAGAAUCAAGCAGAUGAUAGCGGUGAGCGCCUACGCGGCCCUGGCUCCAUACCGUCGAGAUCAAGACCAAGCAGUAAAAUGACCAAAUAUGUUGAAUGUUGGGGCGCCGAUAAACCCUUCGCUAAUAUAGCAGAGGCCACGCUUGCCAAAAAUAUUGGCCUAACGAGCAUCGCCAUAAUUGAAUCGAAUCUUCUGACAAACAGUAAUUCUAGUUGUCUCCUCGGAAUAAAACAAUGGUAUCAGGGGAACGAGGGCAUGUCACCUCUUACAUAUCGGUUUAAUGAUCAAAACCAAGAACUUCGAUACCGCCAACAGACCGACGAACAAUACCCUUGGUAUCUUCUCGCAUCUACUAUCAUCUACUUCAUGAUAUUUGGCAUUGAUGUAUUGUAUUCACCAAGGAGCAUCACGGUGUACAGUUGUUUUUUACCCGGUUUAGCAUUCUUCUCGAUCAUUUCUGUACUAUCUUGGUUAACUAAUAAAGGGAAAACCGAAGACGAUGGUGACCAGUAUCAGCUCGUUUUAAGCAGAGGAAUCAGAAUAACGGUGUACAUGAUCACAGUAAUUCUGGCCGUUGCUUCGUGUAUCAUUACAAUUAGUUUAGUCGAUUUCGACCAGACAGACGACUACGAUGUGAUCGUACCAUUCCACGUGUACACUGCAGUGAUGUCCCUGGUUGUGGGUUGGGCGCAUUUACGUAUCGACUUCUUAUUAAAAUUCUGUUCGAUGUUUAUUUCGGUAACGAGCUUCGUUGUUGCGUUUUCGCAAUCGUCAAUCGCACGACUGCAUCAUGACGUUGAAAAUGAACAUUAUCGCAUUAAUUAUUACUUUCAAAUCGGUUGUCUGCUCGCGCUUGUCUGUCUAAUACUCCAUAUUUUAGACAGACAAAUCGAAUAUACCUCAAGAACAGAUUUUUUAUGGCAGAAUAAAUUGAAAAUAGAACAAGACGAAGUGGAAACUAUGAGAGGUAUUAAUAAGAUUCUUCUUGAGAACAUACUUCCUGCUCACGUGGCUGAGAACUUUUUAACACAUGCCAGAGCGACUCAGGAUCUUUAUCAUGAGAGAUACAGUAGUAUCGCCGUAAUGUUUGCAUCCAUUCCAAAUUACAAGGAGUUCUAUGAUGAAACUGACAUCAAUAAACAGGGAUUAGAAUGCCUCAGACUUUUAAAUGAGAUUAUCUGCGACUUUGAUAAAUUGUUGCUUAAACCAAAAUUUUCCGGAAUCGAGAAAAUUAAAACUAUUGGCAGUACUUAUAUGAUAGCCUCGGGGCUUAGUCCAGGAAAAGAAGAUACUGACAAAAAUGAUCUUACGAGACAGCAAGAUCACAAUAUAAUCAUUCUUGUCGAGUUCGCUCUUGCUCUAAUGACAAUUCUGGAUCAAAUUAAUAAAGAAUCUUUUCAAAGAUUUAAAUUAAGGAUAGGUUUAAAUCAUGGACCUGUGAUAGCGGGUGUAAUUGGAGCACAGAAGCCUCAGUAUGACAUUUGGGGUAAUACCGUAAACGUAGCAUCAAGGAUGGAUAGUUGCGGUGAAAUGGGAAAAAUUCAAGUUACCGAAGACACGGCUAAGGUUCUAAUCGCUGCCGGAUAUGAACUGACGUGCCGAGGGCCUACUUACGUGAAAGGAAAAGGAACUUUGACAACGUAUUUCAUGAAAACACCGUUCGAUGACAAGGAGGAAAAUUUUUAAUAUAAGAAUCUACGGACCAAUUAGAUGUUAAAACGAAAAUACUUUUCAAUAUGGAGUUAUGAAAAAAAAUUCGACUGUAAUUAAAAUAUAUUUUCUUCUCAGAUUAAACAUUUAGAAUACA